AUGCCCGAGCCACAGAUCAUUCGUUGGGGCAUCAUUGCCACUGGAGGCAUCGCAAAAGCAUUCGGAAAGGAUGUUUCGGUCGACCCCGCCACACGCAAUGUGAAGGAUAUUCGUCAUGAACUGGUUGCUGCCGCAUCUUCGUCGUCCAAAUCGAGGGCGGAAUCAUUUCUAAGAGAAUGUGGUGCGCCAGAGCACGCAACCGCCUACUCGUCUUAUUCAGAGCUCGCUCAGGAUCCCAGGGUCGAUGUAAUCUACAUCGCGACGCCCCAUUCGCACCACUACCAGAACGCCAUGAUGUGUUUGGAGGCCGGAAAGAAUGUCCUCUGUGAGAAGGCGUUCACAGUCAACGCCAAGCAAGCUCGAGCUUUGGCCGCAAAGGCUAAGGAGAAGAACCUCCUCCUGAUGGAAGGGAUGUGGACGCGGUACUUCCCUUUGUCCAUCUACGUUCGCGAGUUGGUCACUUCGGGCCGACUUGGACCAGUUGAACGCGUCUUGGCCAAACACAGCCUACCAUAA